UUGGAAGAUAGGGGAAAUACGUAAGUACUACCGUUUACAAAUUGAUGAUUGUAAACAGACUAGGCUUUCUUGAACUCUAACAAGUUCUCGCGGCAAAUCCAAAUAUACUCGCGAGCUCGAGCAAAACGGUAAAUUUUCGGAUUAUGGCGUUUCCGCAAUCGCAUCAGCAAGAAUUGGUUGAACUUGCCGAAAUAACGGGUAUUACCGCGGUACCAGGUGUUUUUCGAAUUGUGUUAGAAUUGCUGGCGUUGCAAGUAUCUCCGGAAGAUGUUUAUUCUCUCCUCAAACAAAUUUCAACGAGAGCAUCGAAAUUAUCGAAUCAACAAGUAGGAGAAAAACCACAUUCCUGAUUCAUUCUCAAAAAUUCAAGCGUUUUAUGUCGCACACGUACACGAAGUUAGCAAUUAACGUGGACUCUAUACCACAGUAUAUCUACAGUAUCGUAAAUCAACCGAUUUUGUUGAAGCCAGAAUGGCGUAUGGACUAACUUGAAACGGUUCGCUGAACUACUUUCGCACCAAACUAUCCUAUAUAUCAGAGUACUUACCAUUAAGUAAACAAUACAAAAACAAAGUUAAACAAAGUUGAACAAGUCAUUAAUAUUGUUGUAACGUGAUGACUCAAUAUCCAUCUAUUAAUGUCCGCUUGGCGGUAAAUAGGACAGAUUUUAAUUUAAUGGCAAAUGACGGCAUUCAGGCAAGGUUAUACACUCCUGGUGAGGAGAUAUCAAGUUAUCCGGAUUUUCUGAGAGGUCAUGGAACCUAUGUCGAUGAAGAAAAAACACUGCGUGCAUCAGUUGCUGGUGUUUUGGAGAAGGUGAACAAGCUUAUUUCUAUCAGGCCGCUGAAAGCGCGCUAUCACGGUGAAAUUGGAGAUCUUGUUGUGGGAAGAAUAACUGAAGUACAACAAAAGCGUUGGAAGGUUGAUUUAAAUGCAAAACUUGACGGUGUCUUGCUCUUAUCCAGUGUUAAUUUACCGGGAGGUGAAUUGAGAAGAAGAUCGGCUGAAGAUGAACAGACAAUGCGUAGAUAUCUUCAAGAAGGAGAUCUAGUUUGCGCAGAAGUGCAAUCUAUCUUUGCAGAUGGUUCCCUGUCGUUGCAUACACGAGUGCUAAAAUAUGGAAAACUAUCGCAAGGAAUAAUGUUAAAAGUGCCGCCAAAUCUGAUUCAGCGCAAAAAGACACACUAUCAUAACUUAGAAAAUGGUGCUACUUUGAUACUAGGUUACAAUGGCUACGUGUGGAUCGGUGCGAACAAUCAUAACGUUGACAAAUCCGAAGGCGGUUUCACAGAGGACCUCUCAAGGAUACCACUGGAAAAUCGUGAGGUGUGUGCACGGUUGCGCAAUUGCAUUCUGAUCUUAGCGCAGUGUAACAUAUUGUUGUCUGAUACUUCCGUUUCGUACGCUUACGAAGAAUCUGUCAAAUAUGCGAUACAUGAACUUCUUCAACCAGAACCAAUGGUUGACAUAUCGCUGUUGAUACACCAAAGACUCACGCGAUCCAUGUAAUCUGUGUUAUCAGUAAUCUUAUGCGAUCAAAUUAACGAGAUUUAAUUUAUAUACAUUUAAUAUUGUAAAAGGUCAA